AUGUUAAAGACUGCGUAUUUGAAGUCCUUCAGCAAGUCUGCCUUUGCUUCCCAGCGGGCUUUUUCCGCCGCGGCCUCUCGGGCUGCUUCGGCUCCCUCUCCCACGCUUGAUCGCGCAACUUUCACGAUCCGCGGCGGCCCUGUGCUUCACGGCAAAUCGUUUGGUGCCAACACCAACAUUUCUGGUGAGGCGGUUUUUUCCACCGGCAUGGUAGGCUACCCCGAAUCGAUGACCGACCCAUCUUACCGCGGCCAGAUUUUGGUGUUCACCCAGCCUCUCAUUGGUAACUACGGUGUGCCUAGCUCGACCGCUCGCGACGAGUAUGGUCUGCUCAAGUACUUUGAGUCGCCCCACAUCCAGUGCAAGGGUAUUGUUGUUGCCAAUGCCGCCAUGGAGUACUCUCACUGGACUGCUGUCGAAUCACUGGGUGACUGGUGCAGGCGCGAGGGCGUUGCUGCUAUCACCGACGUUGAUACCCGUGAGAUUGUCCAGUACCUCCGUGAGCAGGGCUCUUCGCUUGCUCGUAUCACGAUUGGCGAGGAGUACGAUGCCGACGAGGACGAGGCCUUUUAUGAUCCAGGCGCUGUGAACCUGGUCCACAAGGUUUCUACCAAGGCUCCUUUCCACAUCCCUGCUGGUGUUACUGGAAAGAACGAGAACAUCCACAUCGCUGUUCUGGACUGCGGUGUCAAGGAGAACAUCCUGCGCUCGCUGGUGUCUCGUGGAGCCUCCGUCACUGUGUUCCCCUACGACUACCCCAUCCACACGUAUGCCCAUCACUUUGACGGCAUCUUCAUCUCGAACGGCCCUGGUGACCCCACCCACUGCUCCAACACUGUCCACCACCUGAAGGAGACCAUGGACACCUACGAGGGUCCCAUCUUCGGCAUCUGCCUGGGCCACCAGUUGCUGUGUUUGGCUGCGGGUGCAAAGACCAUCAAGCUCAAGUAUGGUAACCGUGCCCACAACAUCCCUGCUCUCGAUCUGCAGACGGGCUUGUGUCAUAUCACCUCCCAGAACCACGGUUACGCCGUAGCCACCGAGACCUUGCCUGACGACUUCAAGCAGUACUUUAUCAACCUCAACGACCAGAGCAAUGAGGGCAUGUACCAUGCCACACGCCCCAUUUUUUCUACCCAGUUUCACCCGGAGGCCAAGGGCGGUCCUUUGGACAGCGCCUUUUUGUUCGACAAGUACCUGGAUUACGUCCGGGACUUCAAGGCAGCCAAGCGGUCCCAGGGUAUCAACGACACCCCCACCUCUCCGCUGUUCGUUGACGUUCUUGCCAAAGAGCGGGUUGGCGUUGAGGUUAACCCCCAGUCCUAA